UAAUAAAGUGUAUUAUACCAUAUAGCCAUUAGCGAUUAGCCAUUUAUGAUAUAGGAGAGCUGGUAGGUAAUUGCCAAUUGAUGUGUGUAGUGUGUACAGUACAAACAAAAUAUUUAUAUUCCUAUAUACGUCCUCGAACUUUCGUCAUUUUCGAUAGCCUUUGCUUAAAAAAGUGCUUUAUUCCAUAUUUAUUUCGUUCCUGUGCUUAGUAGUGAUUUAUCGUAUUUCCGCAAUUCUGCGUUAAACGGUACGAAGAAUCGCGGUGUUUUUUGUCUCGUCACAUUUCAUUCUCACUUUUGUCGUUUCAAACUAUGUGAAUCGUGAAUGACAUAAUUUGGCGGUUCGAUGCUAGUACCAUCAACUGUAAAAGUAUUGUUCCUGUCGAAAUCUGCCGGCAAUUGGCGAGGACUGUUGAUGUUGAAGGUUGAACAUUGUAUAGUGUAGUUGCUCCGUAUAAAUUUAGGAGAAAAGGUGUCAAACUCCUUCUAAAAUGGAUCAAAUGUUACCGAGCCCAGGGUUCAGUAUUCCUAGUAUUGGAACCCCAGUACAUCAACCAGAAGAAGAUCAACAGAUUAUGCAAAUGCCACCGCUACAACCACAAGGUCUAGCCAUGAGUACCAGUAGUCUGCCGUCUAAUAAAAUAUAUCAGACAAACAACAUGGGUUAUGCCACACCACACAGCAUGAUGCAUUCACAAACACCUGUACAUCAAAGUAUGCCAUCUUUGACAUCCAUUAGUUCAUCAUCUUCAACAGUUCCAGCUCUACAACCUAUUCAAAAUCCAGCAACGCCUGCUCCAAUGACACCUAUGACACCAGCUUCUGCUGAUCCCGGGAUUGUACCUCAACUCCAAAAUAUAGUGUCGACAGUAAAUCUUGGAUGUCGGCUUGACUUAAAAACUAUUGCUUUACAUGCACGUAAUGCUGAAUUUAAUCCAAAACGAUUUGCUGCCGUCAUAAUGAGAAUACGUGAACCACGUACUACAGCUCUAAUUUUUAGUUCUGGUAAAAUGGUGUGUACUGGCGCUAAAAGUGAAGAAGAUUCCAGACUGGCGGCUAGGAAAUAUGCUAGGAUCAUUCAAAAACUCAGCUUUCCCGCCAAGUUUUUAGAUUUUAAGAUUCAAAACAUGGUUGGCAGUUGUGACGUGAAGUUUCCUAUACGCCUUGAGGGAUUGGUACUCACUCAUGGCCAGUUUAGCAGUUAUGAACCAGAACUGUUUCCUGGACUUAUUUACAGAAUGGUUAAACCGCGUAUUGUGUUACUAAUUUUUGUUUCUGGAAAAGUUGUACUCACAGGUGCCAAAGUGCGUCAAGAAAUUUAUGAUGCGUACGAUAAUAUUUAUCCAAUAUUGAAAAGCUUUAAAAAAAACUAAAUUAUUUAUUAUGUAAACAUUGUUUUAUUUCAAUGUAUGUAUUAUUAUUUAUUAUUAACCUUUAAGAAUUUACUUUUCUCUUGACAUAUUUAAUUAUUUUAAAUUGAGUUGUUUCAUUGUACAAA